AUGAGGGACUUGUACCGGCACCCAUACUGGGAUGGAGACCCCAUCGAUGACAUCGCGGACGGCGCUGUGAAACCCCCACCGAACAAGUACCCCAUCUUCUUCUUCGGCACCCACGAGACCGCCUUCUUGGGCCCUAAAGAUCUCUUCCUUUAUGAAAAAUAUAAAGACAAAUAUGGGAAACCAAACAAGAGAAAAGGCUUCAACGAGGGAUUGUGGGAAAUCCAGAACAACCCUCACGCCAGUUACAGUGCCCCUCCGCCUGCGAGCUCCUCGGACAGCGACGUUCCCGAGAACGACCCGAUGGGGGGAAGCGAUGCGGGUGACGAUGAGGAAGACGCUGCCAUGGCUGCAGUCGCCACGGAGAAAAUGGAAAGCGAUGAGGACUCGGAUCGAGGCAGCGACCACAGCGAGCUCAAGCGAAAAUCGCUGGCUAUGAAAAUGCCAGUGGCAAAACGGCCUCGGAAAUCCUCCAGUGACCUGGAUCAGGGCAGCCCCUCCCUGACAGAAGAGGAGAACUCGGAAACAUCUUCCGAGUCGGAAAAAAACAGUGACCAGGACUUCACUCCCGAGAAGAAGCCAGUGGCCAGGGCUCCCCGGAGGAUGCCGGCAGGGGGGAGGAAGAAGAAGAAAGUGGAGUCCGGCUCCGACUCAGACUCCAAAGUGGACUCGGAUUCGGAAAUGGGAAACGCGACUGUGGACAUGACCAAGUCGGACUCCAACUCCGAUUCAGACUCGGACGUGUCUGUGAAGAAGGCUCCGCGGGGAAGGAAGCCAGCUGAGAAACCCCCUCCCAAGCCCCGUGGCAGGAAACCGAAGCCCGAGCGCGUCCCGACCAGCUCCAGCAGCGACAGUGACAGCGAUAGCGACGUGGACCGCAUCAGCGAGUGGAAGAGGCGAGAUGAAGAACGACGGCGGGAGCUGGAGGAGAAGAGGAAGAGGGAGCAGGAGGAAGAGAUCCGUCGACUCCGGGAGCAGGAGAAGGAGGAGAAAGAGAAGAGGAAGGAGAAAGCGGAGAAGGGCGAGGAGAUGCACUCGGACUCAGACAGCAGUGCAGAGGAUGAAGUGGCCAAAAAGGGCCGGAAAGGUCGGGCCAAGGCCCCGUCCUCCUCAGACUCUGAACUGGAGCUGGAGAAGGAGGUAAAGAAGCCGGUGAAGAAGCAGCCCUCAGAGUUGUCAAGGAAACCGAAUCAGAAGGAGAAGAGGGGCCGAGCAGAGGAGAAACCACGGAACAAACCUUUGAAAGUAGAACGAGGCCGGAAGAAAUCUGACCUGAUCCCUGAAAGGAGGAUGGAGAAGAAAAAGGAGCCCACAGUCGAAGAGAAGCUUCAGAAACUUCACAGUGAGGUCAAGUUUGCCCUGAAGGUGGAUAACCCGGACAUCAAGCGGUGUCUGAAUGCGCUAGAGGAGCUGGGCACGCUCCAGGUCACCUCUCACAUCCUCCAGAAGCACACCGACGUGGUGGCUACGCUGAAGAAGAUCCGUCGUUAUAAAGCGAACAAGGACGUGAUGGAGAAAGCUGCCGAAGUCUACACCCGGUUGAAGUCGCGCGUCCUGGGACCAAAGAUGGAGGCCAUCCAGAAAGCCAACAAAGCCGGGCCUGAGAAGGACAAGGGGGAGGCGGAGAAGAGCCAGGAGAAGCUGUCAGGAGGGGAGACACGGAAUGAGAAGGGAGAAGAGGAGACUAAUGCUGACUUGUCGGGUCCUGUGAAUGGUGAAUCCCUGUCCCAAAAAGCGGAGGGCGCAGAUGAGAAGGACAAAAGCCAAGGGCCGGGAGCGGGAGAGCCGGAGGCGUCCGCCGAGGAGACCCACAACAACAGCGUGCAGGACUAUCCCAAGGCCGAGCGAGCCGGCCCGGAGCGGGAGAGGGCUCGUGGGGAGUCAGAGGCCGCUUCUGGUCCAUGCCCUGCUUGA